AUGACGGUGGCUGCUACAGCCUUGGGAUUGCGCAACGUGGCUUGUAUGGAUCACUCCCCACUGGCCAUCGCUGCUUGUCGAAGAAACCAUGAGGGUGCUGCCAUUCAGGGUGAUAUCUGCAACCCUGAGGAUUUGGCAAAGCUUUUUGUUGUCAUGCAAGGGAAUAGCAUGGGUCUCAUGUGCGGUUUUCCUUGUCCCCCCUUUAGUGUCAUGGGAGACCAAAAAGCUUUCCGUGACAGCCGGUCUGAAGUGUUCAUUGCUGCGCUCAACGCUGCCUUCCUCUACAAUUCGGCCUAUGUCAUUUUGGAAUGCACGCCAACGACCGGCCAAUAUCGGGAAGUCCAAGAUCCACUUGGUUCCUUUGCGCAGGCCAUGAACUUUGAGAGCAGGCAACAGAUCCUUCGGCUUUCUGAUGUAUGGCCUUGUCAGAGAACCAGGUGGUGGUGUAUCCUUGUUCCUGCUUCAGCAGCUCAUCACAUCAGCAUCCUGCCGUCUUUGCCAAAGUUCCCUCACCUGCAGACCAGUGGUGACAUCAUGCCCUCGUGGCCUCUUUGGUCAAGAUCGGAAGAAGAUGCCCUCUCGUGGACUCAGGAAGAAACUGACUUCUAUGCAUCAACUUUGAUCCUGGAGAACCAUGAAUUGCGGCUGUCAGGCACACGCCCAACUCUUCUUCACAGUCUUGGACAUCAUCCAUUUGCUUGUCCUUGCGGGCGCCGGCAUCAGGGACUAAGUCAUGAACGGCUUCUACGAGACGGGGUUGCGCUUUCAAUGCUUCCAUCCACCUUCUCAGCCAAUCACUACCGUCACUUGCAUCCGUGCGAGGCAGGCUUUCUGUGUAGUCUUCCGGCUGAUUUCAUCUUCAACUUGACUCAGCCCAGAUCCGACUUGCCACUCAUCGGACAGAUCGCUGCGCCUUUGCAGACCAUUUGGGCGCUGUGUCAUGCUCUGCGACCUCUUCAGCUUCAUGGACUUGGCUCUUGGCAGAUCAACUUCGACAGCCCUAAUGAGGUCCUCUUGUCCUACAUCAACACCAAUCUCGAGGUUUGCAAGCAGCUCUGGCCCACAUGUGAGCACCGGCAUCAACAAGAAGUUCACUUUGAGGAGGAUGACACCUCAUUCUCCCUUCUGGUUGAACCUAUGACCUCAGUGCAGCACUUCUUGCACGCACAUCAACAGCUCUUGGGUUGGGCUCACCGCACCACGCUCUACAGAGAUGGCGUUCCACAGCUUCCGAAUGCUCUCCUACGAGGUGGUGCGUAUCAGAUUGUGGUCUCAAGGCCCAAGCACACACGCCCUGCACCCACCGAUCUCAUCUCUGUCAAGUUGCACGAUGGUGUUGCGUCUUACGAAUUUCAUGGUCCUGCAGGCACUCGCCUAUCCACGAUCCUGGAGACGCUUGGUUUUCGUUACAAGCCUGGCAUCGAGUUCUGCAAUCUCUUCCGCAGCUUUCGAUGUGGAGAUGCUCUGUGGCAGAAUGAGCAGGGCGAGGUUCGUGGCGUAGGCAUUGAUGUGCCCACAGCAACGGGGGUUCAUCACUUUGAAGCCUAUGAGGAAUUGCGUCAAAUCCUCCAGGUACUGCCUAAUUCCACUCGGGAAGCCAUUCAGGUCGUUCCUCACCAUAUCGUCCAGUUGAUCCUCAAGCGUCCGGCCAGCUUUGCUUCUAAGCUACUGAUCAACGAGCACAAUGGUCCUUUCACCUGGCUUGUCUUUCCACUGCUGUUCCAAUCGCAUUGGAGUCUCCUGAUCUUGGACUUCGAGCUCUCGGAAUUCUGGUACUACGAUGGACUUCGUGAUUUUCACUUGGAUUCUGUCAUGCAAGUCAUCUCUCUCAUUACGGAGACUUUCAAUCUUGCCUCCUCUCGACUUCAUCAGAGCAAUCCAGUAGAGCAACAUGGUGGCGACCAUUGUGCAGCGAUCCUCCUGCGCAACUUUGGCAUCCAUUUCGAUCUCUGGCAGCCCAUGACAGAUGCUGCGCUUCGACAAUGGGCAACAUCGCUUCAAGCGCAAGAAGAACUCCGAGGCUGUGGCCAAACAGAGCAAUCUCAAACACAUGCCUGGCUCUGCAAGUUCCUCACCAUGAAAGGUGUUCCAGAAGCCGAUGCUCCAGCUCGGGCAACUCUGGCCUUGAAAAAGCUUGGUCAAGCACCUGUAGCCAAAGCUAUAUCUCAGGCCAACCCAUGGGCCGCCCUAAAGCAGUUGGCAAACUCACAGCAACGUCCUUUUCAGUGGAUCCAGCAUGAUGAGUUGAUGAAUCACAUCCAGAAGCGAGCCAAGGAGCAUCAUGGUGCCGCACCUAGAUCGUCCAAUAAGCCCUCCAAGAAGCGCGCUGAACCGGCACCUCCAGUGUCUCCCAGUGCACUGGUUCUAGCUCCCAAGGCCUUUGUUGACGAGCGCGAUCAGGAGCUUGCUCAGCUUCCCAUUGACAAGGUGACCCCCGAGUCCAAUGGCAUCAUCCUUGGCACGGUGGAACAAGCUGCUCAUUUUCUCAAAGGGCAGAAAACCAUUUCCAUCAACUCGCUUGCCAUGCUCACAACGACAGAAAUUCCCAGUGCCAUGCACGGAAAGCUCACUGUGCAGCACAUGGUUUGGCCAGCGCUCCUGGCCGAUAGCGCCGCCCCCAUUUUGGUGCGGGGCUCCUGCGUACAGUUAGGAGACCACGCUGUCAAAAAGGUUCUUGGACCGGCUCCGAGUCCAGCCUCCUUUGUGCCCGAGCUCUUCAAGCUCCAAGUCUAUCAAGACCAGUGGCCACUUGCCUGGUCAGACUUCACCCUGAGACCUUUGAAGGCCCUGGUCCAGCACUUUGACUGCCUGCAGUUCUGUGAUGGUUCCACUUGCAACAAUGCUUCUUCGUGCAAGCGCUUUCAUCCAGCGGUUGAAGAAGAAAUUGACAUGGUCAUCUUGGAUGCCUUUGGUUGGAAAUGGAGUGAUGCAACUGGAGCAACAGCAAAUUCCAAGAAGGCUGCCUCCUUUGGAAUCAUGGUUCGUGUACCUCCUUCUGCAGCUCCGGCCCUUCUGGCUAUUUCGGCUACUGAUGGCCUUUACACUGAGAUGCGUGAUCCUCUAUCCAAGGGGCCUAGCACAAAGUAUGCAGUGAUCUGGAUCAAAGGUCGGUACUGGCUGAUUGGAGCGGAGACUGCCUUCACUUCGCCCAUUUUGCAGCUUGGAUCAGCGUCUCUCAUCAUCACACCGAUUGCGGCCAUCAAGAGCAGGGCUCCUCAGCCGAUUAUUGGAUCUCUGCAAACUUUGCAGCGUCUGCAAUUUCCUCAAGGAGAAGAUCCACUACAAGUACGCGAUCCUUGGGCUAGUGCACUUCCAGCUGCGCCGACGGCUUCAGCUCAGCCAGCAGCUUCAAAGUUGGAGGAGAUCUCUCAGCAGCUACAUACGUCUGUUGCGGAACAAGUCCGUGAGCAGCUUCGUUCCUUCUCCGACUCGUGCAUGGACACUGAUGAUUCACGUUUGUCUCAGAUGGAAGCCAGCAUCUCUGAACUGCAAGCACAAUCCUCUCAGUUUGCUGGUUGGUUCAAUGAAGCUGGUGAGCGCACGCAGUCUCUCUCCAAGCAGGUUGCCUCUCAGGAAAGUCAACUCAGCGACCUCACCGUCAAGAUGACCAGGGCCGAUCAGCGCACUGAGCAGCUGCGCAACACAGUGGGCAAACUUCGCCAGGACUUUCAGUCGGACUUGGAAGCUUCUAUGGCCAGGCAGCUUGAGAGCAUGGAGUCGCUUCUCAGCAAGCGACAUCGCACCUCCGAUUGA